GUGGCGCUGGCUGCGCGACCAGUUGCGCGUGAAUGAACAUGGCAGCCUGGAUGUCGGACUCGGCUCUUGUUUCGUGAACAAAUUUCAGUCCAGCGGCUCGCCAUGUCACGGCUGGCUGAUUACUUUGUUGUCGUCGGCUACGACCACGAAAAAGAAAGAAGCAACAACAGCAACGGGGCCAUCGUGCAAAGAUUCCCAGAAAAAGACUGGCCAGACACACCGUUCAUCGACGGCAUAGAAUGGUUUUGCCAGCCGCUAGGGUGGGCCCUUUCCUCGGAGCGGCAGGAGCCAAAGUUUUUUGUUUACGUGCUGACUGACAUUGACUGCAACAGACACUACUGUGCCUGUUUGUGCUUCAACGAGACGGUCUCCAUCACGCCCAGCAAGCCCGCAGACGAGGAAGAGGACAAUGUAGAGCUGGAGAACAGUCGGCGGGCCGGUUCGUUGACGCGAAACCUCCCCGCCGUCACCCACCACAGCAUCAUGUAUGCGCCAAAGUGCCUCGUCCUUGUCUCCAGGCUCGACUACAUAGAAACCUUCAGAAACUGCUUGGGCGUGGUUUACACAGCAUUCCUGGACGAUCCGGGCACUCCACUAGAAACGCUGGUGGGCAACAUCCUGGGCUGCGUGCAAGUUCCUCCUCCAGGUGGUCCUCAGGUCCGCUUCAGCAUCGGGGCCGGCGACCGACAGGCCCUGCAGCCGCCUCUCAGUGCCAGUCUGCCGGUCACAGGCUCCUCGGUCAGCCUUCUCUUCCACCAAUUCGGCAUAAGAAACGUGCUAUCCUUGCUGUGUGCCAUUAUGACGGAGCACAAAAUUCUGUUUCAUUCAAAGAGUUAUUCGCGCCUCACCGAGGGAUGCCGCGCUCUUAUCGCUCUGAUGUACCCGUUCAAGCAGAGCCACGUCUACAUUCCUGUGCUGCCCGCAAACCUCCUAGAGGUGCUCUCCACGCCCACGCCAUUCCUCAUGGGCAUCCACUCGUCGUUGAAAGGAGAAGUCGCCGACCUGGCGGACGUGAUCGUAGCAGACAUGGACGGUGGCGCCGUGACCGUUCCGGAGGGUCUGCACCUUCCUCUAUUCCCUGAGCCACUGAUGACGCAGAGCCAGGACUCGCUGAUGCUGGUGCUGCAGCCCGAGUUGAGCCUGGCGGACCUGGCGUUCGCGCCCCUCGCGCUGCGGCCUGCCUCGAGCAGCACAAUGCUGGACAAGGAGCUGCGUGCCGUCUUCAUGCGCACGCUGUCUCACCUGCUGCAGGGCUACCGCAGCUGCCUCACCACCGUGCGCAUCCACCCCAAGCCGCUCAUUGCGUUCAACAAGGCCGCUUUCCUCAGCGAGAGAGGCCUCACCGAGUGUGACUUCACCACAAGGCUGCUGGACUGCAUGUUCUUCACCGCGUUUGUACAAGAACGAGGACCGCCCUGGAGGGUGUGCGACCUUUGGGAUGAACUCUACAGCAACCUUGGAGAGCAGCUCAGACAGGAGGCUCAGGAUUCUUCUCUCGUCCUCACUCACAUACAGGACCUGGCAAAGCAGCUGCACGUGAACGAGAAUCCAAACCCGCAGCCAUAUGUGCAGAAAAUCGGGCGACCGCCUGAAGGCGCCUCUUCUCGGAUACACCAGCCGCGAUUUCCGCUGCUGUCCUCUGAACUGGUGCAGAAGAUAAUUGACGAGGAGCAGACCAAGGGCAUCAAAUGCAGCACUGGGGAACCGGGCUGGUUAAAUCAAAUGCGGCUGAGCCCGCCGAGAAUCGUGCCGAUGGGGUCUCACGUGAGCAACAUUCAAGACAACAGCAGGCAAAUCAUCACCAACUCAGCCAGAAGAUUAGAAGUUUUGAAAAACUGCAUCAACUGCAUCUUCGAAAACAAAAUCUCGGAUGCUAGAAAAACGUUUCCAGCGGUGCUGCGAGCGUUAAAGGCCAAACAGGCGCGGCUCGCUUUGUGUACCGAAUUGUCACAACACGUUUUGGGGAAUAAGGCUAUGCUCGAACACCAGCAGUUUGAUUUGAUCGUCAGGCUCAUGAAUUGCGCCCUGCAGGAUGACUCUGUGAUGGACGGACAUGGCGUGGCUGCCGCCCUGUUGCCGCUGGCGACCGCCUUUUGUCGCAAGCUCUGCACUGGAGUGAUCCAGUUUGCCUACACGUGCAUCCAGGACCACAAAAUCUGGAAGAACCAGCAGUUCUGGGAGUCUUCCUUCUUCCACGAUGUUCAGAGGGACAUCAAAGCGCUGUACCUGAGCAAACCAGAAGCCAUGAACAGCAGCCCACUGUCGAGGAGAUCUGUCGACCGUGACUCCUCACUUAGCCCAGAAUAUCCUUGGAAGGAUCGCAGAUCGACGUACAUCAGGCAGAUUGAGCCUUCAGCACUGGAAAUUGCGGCUGAGCAGAUACGAGUGUGGCCCAACUAUGACCCUGAAAAGAAGAAGGAGUACAUCAGCAGUGAAGAGUCAACACUAUACAGCCAGGCGAUCCACUACGCCAACCGAAUGGUGUAUCUUCUGGUGCCGCUGGACAUCGGAGCCAAGUGGCAGCACUCGCACCGCGGCGAGCGGCACCACCACGGCGAGGACGACGACCGUGCCAGCAACAGCAUCACCAAUAGCAUGAUCGAGAGCGACAGCUUGGAUGCUGAGUCGGGUUUCGAGGAGCAAGACCCGAGUGAAAUCGGGAACAAUGUCAUUAAAACGGUGACUCGCUUCGUUGACAAGGUCAGCACCGAGGGCAACAUCAGCGCUGACCACAUCCGCAGCCUCCACCAGAUGAUUCCAGGUGUUGUCCACAUGCACGUUGAGACUCUUGAGGCUGUUUAUAGGGAGUCAAAACGGCUGCCACCCGUCCAGAAGCCGAAGAUCAUGGAGCCGACAAUGCUGCCAGGCGAGGUGCCGAUCAUCGAGAACCUCCGUGUGUUCCUCUUGCCUGACGGCAGAGAAGACGCGAGUGGUGCCCUUGGUGGACCCACCCUGCUGCCAGCAGAAGGCGCUCUUUUUCUCACAAACUACCGCGUUGUGUUCAGAGGCACCCCCUGUGAUCCAUAUGUUUCGGAGCAAAUUAUUGUCCGCGCCUUCCCGAUCACGUCGCUGACGAAGGAGAAGCGCAUCAGCGGCGUCAAUAUCCAGUCAAGUCUGGACCAAAUGGUGCAGGAAGGCCUGCAGCUGCGUUCCUGCACCUUCCAGCUCAUCAAAGUGGCGUUUGACGAGGAGGUGACCACAGAGAUGAUCGAGGCGUUCCGCAAGUCGGUGCACAAGGCCAAGAAUCCAAUGCACCCGUUCCAUUAUUUUGCCAUGAACGGCCACGCCAUCCCUGAAACCAUCGUCAAGGAUAAAGAAAAGAAUGCCACACUCAAGGGUUUUGCCAAGAAAACACUGUUGAAAACGGCGAGAAGAGCUGGUUUGAAGUCCAAGAAUACAGCCAAGAAGCAGAAGUAUGUGCUGAGCAAUGCCGGAGGCAACAAUAAUAAGUACCUGACCUCCCCCGGCCGAAUGAGCCUGCCUCCCAACGGAUUUGACCUGAGUGAAUACCCUGAAGAGGAUAAUGAGUCUAUUUUGGAAGAAUUAGAUUUGGUGGUGCCGUCUGGCUCACCAGGCCCCUCGGACGCGAAAACCCUAGAGCGGCUCUCGGAGAGGAGCUACGUUCGCGACUGGAGCCGCCUCGGACUGUGCGCUGACACACCGACCUCGGCGCUUAGCAACGGCGCCAUGCACCGCCAGCGCACCGAGCCCUUCCGAAUCUCCACCGUCAACCACGCCCAUAUGUUCUGCUACAGCUACCCUGCGAUGCUUGUUGUGCCAUACAACGUGUCUGACGACAGCAUCAGGCGGCUGACGCGGUGCCACCGCAUCAACAGAAUUCCCGUAGUCACCUGGCGGCACCCACGGACGAAAGCCCUGCUGCUCCGGGGCUCCAGUUUCCACGGCAAGGGUGUCAUCGGUAUGUUCAAGGGUCACCAAACGACCACAGCUGUUUCCACCUCGGAAUCGGUCGCUUCGAACGUGGAGCAGGAAAAGUUCCUGAACGCCAUCGUGCAGGCGACGCCGGCAGCCUUUUUGAAGCAAGGCAGCUCUGCAUGGGGCAUGACGGAGAGCAGUUUGAGCAUCGACUCGCUGCUCAUCACUAUGGACUCGGACCACCACGUCAUCCACGGCACCACGCCCGAGCAAACGAGAAAGGUCGCCAGCAACCCAUUUACCAAAAUGGUUGCUGGCACUCUCGGUCGCAAGAGCGGUGGAAAAACAGCGUCAAUGGCUUUCGGUAGGUGGGGUUCUUUGAAGGAUAGGCGCCAGAGCUCACAAGCAUCUCUUCCAACCCUAACAGUUCCGCCCAAAAGUUCGCAAAGAUACUCGACAGACUCAGACUCGGGCACAGAAUGUGUACACACUCUUCAGAGGGCGGCUCUGUACAUUUUCGGAGAGAAAUCGCAGAUGAAGGGUGUGAAAACCGACUCUGGCCAGAAAAUCGAUUACAUUCCUGUCGAGUAUUACGAAGUGAAGAACACAAAGAACUCGUUCAAGAAGCUGAUGCGUGCGUGCGUGCCAAGCUCGGUCUCCUCGGAGCCGGACCAGUCCUUUGCCAAGCUGGUCGAGGGCUCCGAGUGGCUGGUGCAGCUGCAGAGCGUGAUGCAGCUGGCCGGCGCCGCGGUUGACUUGCUUGACGUCCAGGGCUCUUCCGUCAUGAUCUGCCUCGAGGAUGGCGCAGACAUCACCGCACAGAUAUCUGCAGUGGCCCAAAUCUGCCUGGACCCGUACUACCGCACGCUGGAAGGCUUCCGCGUACUUAUUGAGAAAGAGUGGCUGGCUUUCGGCCACAAAUUCGCUCAGCGUAGCACCCUGACCGAGGAGAGCGCUGAGUCGGGAUUCGCUCCAAUUUUCCUGCAGUUCCUAGACAUAGUCCACCAGAUUCAAAGGCAGUUUCCACUGGCGUUUGAGUUUAAUGAGUUCUACCUGCGCUUCCUCGCUUACCACUACGUCUCGUGCCGCUUCCGCACCUUCCUCUUCGACUCAGAGAGGGAGCGAGUGAUGAACGGCAUUGCAGCUCUCGACGAUAAGCGUGGGUCGCUGUCCUCGCAUUAUAAAGGAGUCGACACGGGCUCAGACGAUGACUCUUUUUAUCCAGGCGGUCGAUUGGCAGGCCAGUCCUCGUGUAGUCCUAACCUGGGCCAGUCAGUGUUUGACUACAUCGAGAAACAGCACGCGCGCUCGCCCAUCUUCUACAAUUUCUUCUUCACGCCUGAUACGGACAACCCAGUACUGCGUCCUCAGUCGCACCUAAGCAACCUGGACGUGUGGGACUACUACCUGGGCGAGGAGCUGUGCCACGGGCCCAGCUAUGACCUUGAGAUCGUGCAACAAGACGCCGCCACUGCAGAAGGGGACAAGGAGAUUGCAUCCAUUAGCCACGACAGCGGACGCACCCUGAUCAAUAAGAAUAUUGGACGACUCGUCACCUCAGGGUACGAUGGAGUUGUUCAGUGCAUUCCAGACUCGUUCUCCUACCUUCUGGAAGAAACCCACCGAUGUGAAAUUGACCUUGAACGGCUACCUCUCAAAUGGAGGCAGAUUUGGGACAAACUGGAGCUGCCUCCUACGGACUCGUUCAAUAGUCGGCAGCACACAAUGACGCAGCAGUUGGUGCGACUGCACGGUCGGCUGCUGCACAAGCGGUCGACGAUCGAGAUCCUGAUGAAGGGCAAGCUGGUGAACGCGGCGACGGCCGUGGACACCGCGAGCGUGAGCGGCAGCGCGGCGAGCAGCACGGUGGGCGUGGCGGCGGCGGCCAGCGGCUACUCGCGGCCGCACCGCUUCGACCACUACGACUUCCGCACGCCGAGCUACUGCGACCAGUGCUCCAACAUCCUCUGGGGCGCCGUCAAGACAGGCGUGCGCUGCAAGGACUGCGGAUACAGCUGCCAUGAGCGCUGCAUCGCAGCCGUGGUUCGAAACUGUCCCAAAUUCCGGCCUGGAUCCACCAUCGACGGCGCCGCCACCCUCCAGCCCAGCAAGCACGCCGGCGACGACACCAGAUCCGUCAAUUCAAACGUGACUCCGUCAAACCAGCAGUAUUACGACCAGUUCUCGUCGAACGUGGCUGAGAACCGAACGCACGAAGGCCACUUGUACAAAAGAGGUGCUCUGCUGAAAGGCUGGAAGAUGCGCUGGUUCGUCCUGGACUCGAUCAAACACCAGCUCAGAUACUACGACUCCAUGGAAGACCCUGCCUGCAAGGGAGUUAUUGAUUUGGCAGAUGUGGCGUCAGUGUGUCAGGGGCCUCCAGCUCCUGUGCCGCCAAAGAAAACCGAUGACAAGUCUUUCUUUGAUGUGAAAACUAGUCGAAGAACGUACAACUUCUGCGCGUGCAACGAAGCUGCUGCGCUGGAGUGGAUCGAGAAGAUUCAGGCUUGUCUACAGUAGAUUGCCUGCCUGUUCUCUUUGACAGAAAAACAAAUUUAAUUAAUGUAAUAAUUAAUCCCGUGCUCCGUUGUUCAUUGAUUGAUUGAUUGAUUUCAGAUGCUUUAAGCUCUCUUUGAUAGACCUAAGUGAUGUUGAUUCAUUCAAAGCAAAUAUAUAUUAUGUAUAAUUAAACGCCACAUAUCAGAGAAUUAGGGCCACUGCAACGCAAACUUGGUUUUGGCUCCGUUCAGUCGCACUUUUGAAAAUUCCAGGGUUCCAAAACAUUGAAAUUUUCCGUUUAAAAAAUCUUGAGUAAACGAUUGAAAAAUUGGUAUUGCAUUAAGUCUUUUUUGCAACCCUGAGGAGGAAAGGAAGGAAAAAUCCAUAGUGCUAGCAAGACUGACCCGGAAACGUUUUUAUUCACUGCAUGACAACCACUGUGGCCAAUAUUCAAUUGUGAUAAUAAAUUUAACAAAGCGACGCAAAGCAUUCUUCACACAAAGCUCGAGGGUCCGCGCUUUCUUUUUCACUUUCACAAUAAAAUAAACGGGAGCAACAACAUAUUAAGAAUUAUUCGGACCGGGCCCUCCGCGUUUUGCAUUUAGGCUCGUCGAAAGAAAUAAAAAAAUAAAAUUUUGUGCAGGAGAAGCUGAAGUGCACAAUUUUAUAAAAUUGUAAAUAAUAUAAUAUUCACUCGUAAGUGAUGCCAAAAUUGCUGAAUGUGAAAUGUAAAAUACUCAUGAAGCAGUCAGAACUGGAUAGUCAAAAAAGAAUUAAUAGGAAAUAACAACUGUUUAACAAUUUUACUCGCGGCUGGCUCUCUGCCUCUCAUUCCUUUACCGAUACUCUGGAUGAUUUAAUUUAAUAAUUCCCCUUGUUGUCGACAAGAAGUGCAAUUAACAAAUAAUAACACACCGCUUUUGAUGUUGUUCGGACAUUGCAAUUGUCGGACCACUUUUGUACUCGCGUUCGCUGAUUUUGCCCAAGAACAGCAGCAGCACACACCACCACCACUACUACUACUAAUACUUUCAAGUUCCAUAUUUAUACAUUCAUUCGUUUAAUUUGUUCAUCGCCGAUCUGCCAGGCAUCAAUUCUCACUCUUUAUUUUUGUCUGAUUGACCGCUGAUUUCCAUGUUGUUUCCUAAUAAACUUUAAGAAAACACAAUUGUUACACGCUCAAGAA